AUGUCAUUCCUGAUAGAUACGGGAGCACAGCUUAGUGUUGUUCCACCGUCACCCAACUUCACUAAGACUAACUCUUCAGUCACUUUACGCGCCGCUAAUGGCACGAACAUCAAGACUUUUGGCGAACAAUCGUUAACACUGGAUAUUGGACUUAGAAGGACAUACCAAUGGAUAUUCACCGUUGCAGACGUGAAAUUCCCCAUUUUAGGCGCCGACUUUUUGGCACAUUAUCAACUAAUCGUGGACCUCUCACAGCGUCAGUUAUCUGACUCCACCACGAAGCUAUCUAACCGCGGAAUUGUAUCACAGCUAACAUCUACAGAAUUACGCAUCGCUGUGCCGCGUGAUAAUCCCAUUCAAGAUAUUUGGGAUAAAUUUCCCUCGUUGAUACAGCCUUUUACUUAUACAGAGCCUGUCAAGCACAGCACUGUACACAGGAUUCGAACUACCGAACAGCCUGUCUAUUCUAAACCUCUCCGUCUUGCGCCGGACAAAUACGAGAUUGCUCGGGCCGAGUUCCAACACAUGCUCGACCUCGGGAUUAUUCGCCCCUCCUCGAGUCCAUAUGCCUGA